AUGGCCACCAGCGAAGUUGACACGCUGCCAGUCCAGGAUCUCAAGACCCAGGAAACGGAGCUCCCGGCGGACGAAGUGAUUCCAGAGCAGGAGCAAGCAGCGACCGAGAAGUCGACAGUGUACAACGACCCGAACCCGACAGACCAAUCCGGCCGCUUCAACAAGCGCGACACGGUGCACAUGUCCCUCCUGGAGCAGGGCACCCGCAGAAAAGGCAUCUUCACAGUAGCGAAGGGCCGCCUCCACAGCUCAGGCGCCUACUACGAGUACCAGCUCGUCGACGCCAACGGCAGGGCCUACAAGAACGGCGAGUGGAUCCGCGAGAAGCAGCUCCGCAUGGAGAAGGCGAGGUAG